UGCACACAUAAGCAUAUCGUUCUGAAACUAAAGCAAAACUCACGCGAAAUAACGGUUUAACUCUCGUCUCUCGGUGACAAAUGUUUGGAUAAUGUCUACCCAAGUAAGUAUCGUAAAUAGGAACCCAACGUUCAGCCCGUACGCUGUGGACAGCCCACCCGAUUCAGUGUCUACAGCAUAUAGUCGAGGACAUGACAACCGGGCUUAUGAAAACUCGUUCCCAGAACAUAAAACCGAUCCAUCAUCACAUACUUAUGCCGAACUACCAGGACUACAGAAUGGGAAUUCACGUCGACGAGUAGCGAAUCCCAUCUACGAUAGUGCAGACCCAUACACCGGUCAUUCUACAAAGUAUCAAGAAGAACCUGUUCAGCCGUACAAAGAAUCAAAGCUUGGUUGUGUUUUGCUGUUUGUGAUUCUAUUGAUUUCUAUAGCAGCCCUUGUCUUAGUUGUCAUGAUUAUCCUAGGAAAGUUAGGACCAGCUUGCUCAUGUGAAAACACAGGGAGUCCAUCUACGUCUAAGCUUCAAGAAACUCAAAGUAAUGUCAAUUUGGAUAAAAUUACUGAGGCAUUAAACUCUUUAAAGAAGAAUUUGUCAGAGGUGGAGACAAAACUGAAUAAAAAGAUAGCAGAUUUGCAAAAUGAGUUGAAUGACGCCAAAAAUCAAAUCCAAACCCUUCAAAGAGACAAUAAUGCAGAAUUAUGGCGACAGUCCAAUGAAACGAGGGACAAACUCAAUGUGCACGAGAAAACCCAUGAUACUAAAUAUGAACAGAUGACGAAAACCAUUAACGAUACAGUCGACAAAUGUAGAGAUACAUGUAGUAAUAGAAAUUUGACACAAAGACUGCAAUCUCUGGAGAAUGAACAACAAAAUGAUGUGAAUCGAUUACAAAAGAACAUCAACGACUCCAACAACAAGUGCAUGACGGUUAACAACACGCUGACUGUCAAAAUCAAUGAGGUUUCUAAGAUGGAAGGACCAAUGGGACCACGUGGUUACAAUGGUAGUCAAGGAAUACAGGGACCUAAGGGCGACAAAGGUGAUACAGGAGCUACAGGAGCAGCCGGACUCAAUGGCACUAAAGGCGACAAGGGUGAUACAGGAGUUAAGGGUGAUAAAGGCGACAAGGGAGAUACAGGAGCUAAGGGUGAUAAAGGCGACAAGGGAGAUACAGGAGGCACGGGAGCAGUGGGUCCACAAGGACCUUCAGGGGCUGGGAAUCUAACGCAGUGUGUUGUGAGGUUUGCACAAUCGGAUGGCACAGCGAUUGGCGACGUCAAGCAAGUGACAGAAGUAAUAGAAGAAACGGGAAAAAAGAUUUUGCAUUAUUCUUGCUCUUCAAACAACGCAGACAUUGUGCAACGAGAUUAUAGGUUCCAUGACAACAAGAAUAAAUACUCGUGUUGGUGUUUAGGGCAAGGAACCUACUCAUAUGCACGUAGUCCGCCAUCUAAACCUACUAAAAUGUACUGUUACAUAACUUACACAGAAUGUCCCCUUAUAUCUUAAAUACAAAAAUGUACUUUUUUCUGAAUUUCGAUCGUUGAAAAUUUAGUUAAAUACUUUGUUUUCACGGAUGGAAUUAGUUGAAAAAGUUCCUGAACUUUUCAUAUUAAUAUUUUGGAAAUUUUAACUUUAAUUCGUCAAACUAAUCAUUUUGUAGACCGUUUAUUGUACUAAUGAUAUUGGGCUAAAUAUUUGCCAUCCCACACUCCUUUGCGCUCUUAUCUUUUUUGAACUCCUGAAAAGGGAGCAUGUCAACCGCACACGGUGAUUUCUUUUAUAUGUUAUUUUAAAAAAUGUUGUCAGAUAAAAUGACGAAUGUGAAUGUCAAUUGUCGGUGGGCGAUUGCGCGACAGAAAGUAUGGGUUUUGCUAAUUUGCUAAUUGAACGUAUCGUUUGGGAUAGAACGAAAACGCAGAACUCCAUGGCAUGAUGAGUUAAAAAAGUUGCCGACUUAGAAAACAUGACGUUUUGGAAUCUAAUAUUUUCCAGAUGAUUGAAAAAGUUGCGAACACACAUGUACAAAUACCUGGAAAUUCACUUUAAUUUGUCAAACUAAAUUUGAAUAACUUGUACUUAAUAACUCGCUGUUUUGCACGUCUCUUCAUGAUCUUUUUGAUGUAUGACACGUUAUUAUACUUUGAUUCACUA